AUGCCUUUGCUCCUCCUAUGUAGGAUUACCCAUGCUGGGCCAAGGAAGAAGAUAUACUUCAGACAGGAACAAGUGAAGGUUGUGAUCAUCUCAUGUGGUGGGCUGUGUCCUGGUUUCAGUGAUGUCACAUACAUCGAUCACUUGACGGGAAAUGAUGAUGAGUCUAAAGAAAGGUAUUUUACUAGAAGGAAAGUGGGAAAGACCCGAUCAAUGACUGAAAACACUGGAAUCAGAAAUGCAAACUCCACUAUCCUUAUGACCUCUGAAGAUGGGUUUAGUUACUCUAGCUUCAAAGCCGUAGGUUAUGACUAUAACACAAUCCACCUGAGUCAGCUCGUGACAAGGGUUCUGUCUUGCUAUAAGCCUAAGAAAUGA